GGCGUCGGGCUUGCGGCCAUCCAGUACUGCAAGGCCGUCGGGGCCAAUGUCUAUGGCACGGCCGGCAGCCAGCACAAACAGGACUUCCUACGACAACAGGGCGUGCACUUGGUCACGAGCUCGCGCGACGCCAGCCAGUUCCAAGCCGACAUGCACAAGGCCAACAGCAAGAUGAACGUCGUCCUCAACUGCCUCAUCGAGGACUUCAUUCCCUUCUCGCUCGACGCCAUGGCGCCCAAGGGCCGCUUCAUGGAGCUCGGCAAGCGCGGCAUCUGGAGCAAAGAGGAGGUCCUCGCCAGGCGGCCCGACUUGGCCAUGUACGAGGCCAUCGCCGUCGAUCACAUGAUGGAGCAAGAUCCCAAGUGGUUCGGCGCCAUGCUCGACCGCGUCCGGGGCCUGGUCGACAGCGGCAAGAUCAAACCCAUCCCCCUCCACACAUUCGACAUGAGCACCGCAGACAACGUCACCGGCGGCAUCGCGGCCUUCAGGUUUAUGCAGAGGGCGCAGCACAUCGGCAAGGUCAUCAUACAGAUACCCUCAGCCAUCGCACCGCCCCACACAGACGACGCACAGCGCCACGAGGCGACACCGGCCGACCGCCAAACUGACGGAUGCUAUGUCAUCACCGGAGGGCUCGGCGGACUCGGACUCCUCGUCGCAGACUGGCUCGUUGAUGAAGGCGCGAAGCACAUUGUGUUGCUGUCUCGUCGCGGCAAGCCCCCGCCCUCCAUCGAGACAUCGGCCAUCUGGCAGAAGCUGACGGCGCCCGUCCCGCACCGCAAGACCAACGUGCAAGUUCACUGCAUGCCGUGUGACGUGUCGGACAGGCAGGCGUGCGCCGAUCUGCUCGACAAGCUGCGGGCCAAGCUGCCGUCACAUCCCGUCAAGGGCAUCUUCCACGCGGCUGGCGCCAUCGAUGACGCAAAAGUCAUCAACCAGACAAGGGACCGUAUCGAGGCUGUCUACCUGCCAAAGGUGACGAUAGCUAGCUGACCUCCUCGAAAAGCACUCAGACAUUACAUUCAUUGGCUGCUGCUUCGCUGUCAGGUGAUGGGUGCGAUGCAUCUCCAUGAGCUAUCGGUUGACACCAAGCUUCCACUGGGCCAUUUUGUGAUGUUCUCGUCCGUGGCAUCUCUGUUUGGCAACUUCGGCCAGUCCAACUACUCGGCGGCCAACUCGUGUCUGGACGCCUUGACUGAGUACCGCCGCUCCAAGAAGCUCGCCGCCCAAAGCAUCCAGUGGGGACCAUGGACAGAACACGGCAUGGCGGCAGACUUCAAGUCCCACCUCGACAAGGUCGGCAUGCGCGGCGUUACCAACGAUCUUGGUCUUCGCGUGCUCGGCGAUGUCAUGCGGCACUCUGAGCGUGUGGGCGUGACGUGCUGCCAGGCCCUCAAGUGGCACACUUUCCUCUCCAAGUACGACGUCAUCCCACCCUUCUACGAGACUGUGGCGUCGGCUGCCACGGGAGGCGCCGCUGCAGGCGUGUCUGCCGAGCUGCGCAACAUGGAUGCGGCGGCCCUCAAGGAGCACAUUCACAAGACAGUCGUGGAGACCGCUGCAACGGUCCUCGGCAUGACGGAAGCGCCCCCCCUGGACUCGCCUCUGCAGGAGCUGGGCAUCGACUCACUCGGCGCUGUCGAGUUCAGAAACGCCUUGUCAUCCAAGAUUGGCGUCAAGCUGCCGGCCACCACUCUCUUCGACUACCCCACUCUCAACGCGAUCAUCGGCUUCAUCUGCAGUGAGAUCUCCGGCGGCAUUGACGAGGCGGCCGGUGUGGAUGACACGGGUGUGCCGGUGCCUGUGGCCAUGUCUGAGAGCCUGGCUGUGGUUGGUGUGUCGUGCCGCCUGCCUGGCGGCGUGACGACGCCCUCGUCCUUCUGGUCGAUGCUCAUGAACAGGACCGACUGUGUGGAUGAAGUGCCACUGACCCGCUGGAACGUCGAUGAGGUCUACGACGCCGAUCCCGAUGCCAAGGGCAAGUGCUACACGCGCAAGGCGGCCUUCAUGGAUGCGGCAGACAUGUUCGAUAACGCCUUCUUCAACAUCGGCCCUGCGGAAGUCCAAUCCAUGGACCCCCAGCAGAGGCUGAUGCUUGAAGUGGGGUACGAGGCCUUCCACAGCGCGGGCCUCAGCCGCGAGAAGCUCAUCGGUCAGGACCUGGCUGUGUUCAUCGGGUGCUGCAACCAAGACUGGAAUUUCAUCGACUUGUCCGACAAGAGCAGCAGCUACUCUGGAACAGGCGGGGCCAGCAGCAUCGUCUCGAACCGCCUGUCUUAUGUGUUUGGUCUCAAGGGUCCGUCCAUGACCAUCGACACAGCCUGCUCGUCGUCCCUCGUCGCCAUGGACGCCGCCGUCAAGAACACGCGAAUGGGGGUGUGCCGCGGUGCCCUGGUGGGAGGUGUUAACCUGAUGCUCUCACCUCAUCUGUUCAUUGCCUUCUCCAAGGCACGAAUGCUCUCGCCGGACUGCAAGUGCAAGACAUUUGACGCCAAGGCCAACGGCUAUGUGAGGGGUGAGGGUGCUGGCGCAGUAGUGCUGCGGCGCGCGAGCGACGUGGAGGCCAUGAAGCUCCAGCGGAUCGCCACGGUCCUCGGCUCGUCCGUUAAUCAUGACGGCCGGAGUGCCAGUCUGACCGCCCCCAAUGGGCCAGCGCAGCAGGAGGCUAUCAAGUCAGCCCUGAAUCAGGCCGGCCUGAAGCCUUCGGCCGUGUCGUACAUCGAGACCCACGGCACGGGCACUUCUCUCGGCGACCCCAUCGAGUUUGGCGCCCUUCAGGUACACGCAUUAAUCUGACAUGCACACGCACAUCAGAAGGGAGGCAUCAACUUAAAUUACUGUCUCUCUGUGUCCUUGCAGGCUGUGUUCGGUCCGGGCCGCAGUGACAACAAUCCUCUUGUGCUGGGUGCACUCAAGACCAAUAUCGGCCACUUGGAGGGAUCCGCGGGCAUAUCGGGUCUUGUGAAUCUCAUCAUGACGCUCCUGCACAGCCGCGCGGCGCCCAACCUGCACUUCACUCAGCUGAACCCCUACAUAUCGAUGAACGAGACCUUCCCAGUGGUCUUCCCCACGGAGCCAGUGCCGCUGGUGUCCGGCCUGCCGGGCAAGGACCGCAUGGUGGGCGGCGUGAGCUCAUUCGGAUUCGGUGGCGCCAACGCCCACAUCCUGGUGGAGGCCAAGGCGCUCAGUGCGGCGCAGAUCGAUGAGAUGCUCAACAAGGACAAGGCCUCGGCGGCGUUGCAGAACAAGAUCGGGUUCAUGUUCACCGGGCAGGGCUCACAGUACGUCGACAUGGGCCGCAAGCUCUAUGACAACGAGAAGGUGUUCCGGGAGUGCAUCGACCAGUGCGCGACCAUCCUGGAUCCGCUGCUGCCCGUUCCGCUCACGGGCAUCCUCUACCCCAAGAACGACAAGGAGAAGAUCAAAAUGCAGGAGAUGAUCGACCAG